CUAAACUGCUAAACAUAUUGAACGUGGUGAGUGACCCGCUUUGCACCCCCUUCCAGCAGCCCUUGGUCCUGCCGAAUGUCUGGUUUUCCGUAAAAUAACAACUUUGAACUAGGCACAGCUUAAAGGGUUCCUACCUCUCUUCCAUAGGGUUGCAAAGAGUACCAGGCAGCCCUUGUCCCAGCGUUUUCUUCUCCCACUCCGGGCCCCACUCCAUUUUCCAUAGCAUUGGCCACUCUUGAUCCAGUUUAAUUAGCCUUUUUGUAUCAAGCCGCGGCUGCAAGAUCUGAACUUGCGUUCCCUUUCUAAAUGUCGCCAGGUCAGACCAGGUCGAACAACGUGUGAUCCCAUGAUCCCUGCUAUCGUUUACCAUUGGCUGACUUCCUCACGAAAGCAAGCCUGGCAACUAGUCAUGGCAGGCCAAUUCAGCAUUCAAUGUCACUUGAAAAGGUGCAGUCCAGCCACUUCUCCUGUCCAAGAUCCUCAGAACGUAAUAGAUGCUGUCUCAAACUCAACACUGUUGCGCGCCAAGAGGUCACACGAAAACACAUGUAAGAACAAGCGUGGGCAGCCAAGACUGUAAGGUCGCUGUUGGAUCUCUUGAGAACCUCGAGGUCGUGAGGUGUUUGAUGUAGGAAGCGUGCGGGCCUUGUCAACAGUAUUUGGUACAGCUUUCGCUGUCGGAUGCGCAUCUCGUUUGUCCUUGACUGUUUGACUGACUGUGCACCUUAAGAGUUUUGCGGCUUUGCGGUCUCAAUUCUUAAUCCCCGCAGGUCCAAAUCACCUCCAGUUGAUUGAGGUUGAAUGGGGUUCGGAUUCCUUCUUUCCUUAGGGCAAGCUUGUUGAGGCACCAAUGCUGAAACUGUGCCUGACAUUCUCCAUCAUUCUCCUCAAUGUUUGUGCGUUUAUUUUUGGUUGAAAGGCGCAUCAGUCCCGCAGGGAAACUGCACCAACCCGAUCGCAGGUUGAUUGCAUAAGGAUGGUGGCUUAGGUAGGCCAAAUGUUGUGCUUUGCGAACUCCCAUUGGCCCCGUUCUAUAUGUGGCAAGAGCCUUGCGACUGACACUCGAUUGCUUCCGUGCAAUGGUGACUCAAGUGCUUGGAAGUGUUGGUCACGGUUGCUGACAUUACAUGUCGGAAGUUUUGCGGUGUAUGACAUGUUCUAUAUAUCUGGCUCGUGGGUUCCAUGUUCGUGGAGCUUGGGUGCCAAAUGAAGGCUGGACUAUGGGCCCGGGCACUUGCUGGGAUGGCACCAGGCAUUGAGCAUGAAGAUGCAUGAAGGCAUUGAAGGGAUAUGUGUUUUUGCGUCACCGUGCUGCUUGCAAGGACAGUAUGGACUUGACGCGACAUUUGUUCACAGCCUGAGUCCCAAAGAUACUGCUUUCAGAGCUGGUGAAAAACUCUUUGGCUUCACAAUGCAGGUGGUGCUGACCCUCGCAUCUGAGGGAAGUGGCCGCUGUGAGUGGGGUGCUACACACUUUUGUUGGCCUCGUUUGUACGUUUCGCAUUCCGUUUCGUCCAGGUGGCGGAAGAUUGCUGAAGAUGGCCAGGAGCUUCAGGAGGUUGUAUCAUCGACGAUGCCGGCGCUCGGCAACCUUGCCAUUCAUGGCCUCACUUGCAACAAUGAACUUGCGCAUCGAGUCUUUUGGGAUGAAGGUCGCCGUUUGGCACUAGUCUUGUUUUGCCGCUCUCCUGAAAUAGAAGCACUCCUGAAAGGGAAAGGAGCACAGAGCCGUCUUUCCAUGCGCUAUUGGUGGAGAAAGGAGCAUGAGAAAGUGAAAUGAGCUGGGCGCAAUUCGUGCCUUGCAUCGGGAAACUGUGUGUUUCACUUACAUGUAUCCUUCAGUGCUUGCGGCUGGAGAUUCUGACUUCUGACUGAGAAAGGGCAAGGAUUCGUCGUCCGGUAUUUUCAAUUGCGUAGGGAAAUGUUUGUCAUUAUGCACUGCAUUUCACAUCUUGUCAUGAAUAGGCCUUUGCGCCGCCUCGCUUUGGAACACGUAUUUCGGAUCGCUUUGAACUGCGGAAAAUGGAUUGUUUUGGAAUGUACAGUAAUACGCUGCAAUGGUGCGUGCAAUGCCUGUCUCUUACUGGUGGAUUGUUUUUGAAGGUGGAGCGUGUUAUUCCAGUUUCCAGGUUUCCAGCCAGCAUGCGGGUUCCAGGCGGAAAACGUCUCGCUUGUACACGUGCAAGUUGGAAGGCUGAGAAGCCUUUGAGGAGCGCGCGCCUGCACACACUCAAAUGCCAGCAUGACAAUAUGUCAGCAAAACAGCCUGACAAGGUAGGGAAAAGGUCUCAUUCCCAGGUAGCGAGCCACGCGAGUGUAAA